AUGACCGCCGAUAAGUCAGCCGCAGACGACGCCCCCGAUGACUGUCGCGAUGACCCUACCGGGAAAUGGGAAUGGGUCCCGGCACAUUCAGUGCUAGCUUCGACGUCACUUCAAUCGAGUGGCCCCAGAGACGCCCGUGAUAUACCCAAUGUGGGACCGGUCACCCACUCUCGUGUGCUAGAUGCACAGCGGGCAGUCCAUUGGGUGUGCGCGUUCGGUCACCCUGCCGUCCAGUCCCCCAACCACGUCUCGCAUUUGACGACCGGUGAACCCUCCCAAGACUCUGCGAAGUCUUCUGGAGGCGAAGAUGUCGACAGGGCAACACGCAGUCGAAGCCAUCCAAGGCCCGAUACCACAACUUCGCUUCGACACAAGACCAGCGAACCUGACCGGAAAGAACCAUCGACCCACACGAUUUCCAGAUCUCCACGGGGACCGGUGGAAACUCCUGCCCCGCACAGCAUGGCUUCCAAGACCGCGCAAUCUAUAGACCGUGUCGUUGCAGACCCCGCGCUGUUGGCUGCCUUGUUAGCUUCGAUCACAGUCUCUUCGCCGAGGGACACGUCCAAUGAUAGCCUACCAUCGACGCUGUCGUCCCAACCUGGGCCAUCACCUCCGUCUGCCGUCACCACUCCGUCCGUCGAGACUCUACUCUUUUAUCAUCACGAUCCAGUCGUCCCAAUCCCCGCGGGAAUGGCCCCACUGCCGCCGCUUCCUACUACUGAACGACCCAUUGGACCGGAAACAUCCGUUUCGCAAGUGCAACCCGCUCGGCAUUAUAUAUCAUUUGUCAGUACCUUGCCAGGUCUCGACUUCAUGCCUUGGAAUGAGUGGCGACCCAGGAUCGAGUCACAUCGCGGAUUCCCGAAGCCGUACCGCCCGGACUUCCGUGCACCUGAGAAUCGUGAGCAAGCGCGAAAAUGGUGGAGUGAUAAGCUCUCGGACUCCAACCGUCGUGAAUCGCCUGUUCGCGUCCUCCCUCCACCCCCUCGUCCUGAGGUCGUCGUCGAAGGGCCUCAUUGGUGGGUAGUUUACGUCGGUCGUACUCCAGGAAUCUACACCACUGCCGAUGACGUGAUUAUCCAGACGCGUGGUUUCCCCAACGCGCAGGCAGAGAUAUUCUCCGACGAGGACACUGCUCGGCGGUGGUACUGGUACGCUCGCGCUCAAGGGUUCCUAGUCCCUCGGUUUGGUGGCCUUGUAUGA